UUUUGAGGUGAAUGCACCGCUUUCCAGAAAGUGAACAGUCCGAAUAUGAAGCGAUAUUUUGUUCAGUGAUGGGUUUUCGUGUAAAAACUUGCAGCCUGAUAGUGACAUUAGCUUCAGAAAAGCUAUCAAGUACAGUGAUUAUGAUAUGUGAUGAUAAACUUGUGGUGAGAGACCGUGUUGCUGAAUUUUAAUGAGAAGUUACGUUUGAAGAUCAUCACAUCACUACACCACAACGCUGAUGCUGUUCUAAUAAAAUUAGCAUGUUAUUAAUGUGGUUUAAGUGGCUCUGAUAAAAAUUUUGGGCAGUAUGUCGGGCGCCGCGGCGAGUGGAGCCGGCAGCUCGGUCUCCGCGCUGGGCGGGCUCGGCGGCUCGCUCGAGGACAAAGACUGCGACCUGCUCUGCCCCGUGUGCUUUAACCUCAUAGAUGAGGCCUACGUCACGCGCUGCGGGCACUCCUUCUGCUACACAUGCAUCGCCAAGUCCGUGGAACUCCAUCGCCGCUGUCCGAAGUGCGGCGCAGCGCUGGCCGGUCGCGAUCAUUACUUUCCUAACUUCCUUCUAAAUGAAUUAGUAGCGCGGAGAAGAUUGCGCACGAGACCUCAAGUAGUCAGCGGGCCCGUGGCGACGUCUCCAGGUCCGGAUGCGGAGCGUUUACGGGCCCUUCUGGCCUCUGAGGCUAGACACCUAGCGCUCCCCGACGUAGAAGGAAUGCUCGACGUUCUAACGAGAAGGAAAAGGCUCUUGGAAGCGGAGUCGGCUGCUGCUCAUCAUAGACUACUGUACGAGUUCCUGGCGCAGCUGCUGCGACACAGAACGCAUCAGUUAGACCAGUUGGCGAGAGAAGCGUCACUAGUGAAAAAAGACAUGGAGCACGUGGCUGGCGUGCUCCGCGACCUUCGCGCGGGCGCAGCAGAGUUGGGGCGCCUGCCGUCGCCGUCCGAGCCGCCCUCCAUAACGGAGUCAGUGCGGGACGUGCGGCCGCGACUCGGCGAGCUGGGGGAAACUACACCGAGGAGCCCGCCCGCAGAGGAGGAGGAGAGCUUCGCGAGCGCGGGCGGCGGGGGCGCGGGGGACGCGCUGGCGGCGCGCUGGAGGCGCCUCGCCGCGCACUUCGACGACUUCGUGCAGUGCUACUUUGCUCAUCGUGCAGACGAACUGUACUUCCCUGGGUCUGGCUCUGCCACGCCAGCUGUCGGCCUCCCAGCUACCUCCGGGCCCUCUCCCGGUCCACCCACGUCACUAUCGCAGCCCGUCAGCGCCGGCGGUGCCGCUGACGCGGAUCCCGUGCCGCAGCAGGCUUCCGCGCCCGAGACGAGAGCCUCUAGUGCCGCGGGGGACCAACGCGCGCCCGAGGGUGACCCGCAGCCACCCAGCGUCGCGCCGAGCACGGUGGGGGCCCCAGCGCCGGCGAGCGUGCCAGGGGCCCCGGGCGCAGGAGCCGGCGGGGGCGAGGGGGGCUUCGGCGGCCUCGAGGCGUUCCGCGAGGACCUGGCCGCCUUCACCCGCUACCGCGCGCUGCGGCCGCUCGCCACGCUGUCGUACUGCAGCGACGCCAUCAACUACUCCACCAUCGUGUCCACCAUCGAAUUCGACAAGGACGACGAGUUCUUCGCCAUCGCCGGCGUGACGAAGCGCAUCAAGGUGUUCGAGUUCGAGGCCGUGGUGCGCGACGCCGUGGACGUGCACUACCCGUGCGCGGAGAUGCAGUGCUCGCACAAGAUCUCGUGCGUGUCGUGGAACGCGUACCACAAGCACGUGCUGGCGUCGUCGGACUACGAGGGCACGGUGAGCGUGUGGGACGCGCACGCCGGCGUGCGCACGCGCUCGCUGCAGGAGCACGACAAGCGCUGCUGGUCCGUGCACUUCAACCGCGCCGACGUGCGCCUGCUGGCCUCGGGCUCCGACGACGCGCGCGUCAAGCUCUGGUCGCUCAACGCCGAGCGCUCCGUGGCCACGCUGGAGGCCAAGUUCAACGUGUGCUGCGUGCGCUUCAACCCGCGCUCGUCGUGCCACCUGGCCUUCGGCUCGGCCGACCACUGCGUGCACUACUACGACCUGCGCGCCCCGCGGGCCCCGCUGGCCGUGUUCCGCGACCACCGCAAGGCCGUGUCCUACGUCAAGUUCGUGGACGCCCGCACGCUGGUGUCGGCGUCCACGGACUCGCAGCUCAAGCUGUGGCGCGUGGAGUCGCCGCGCUGCGUGCGCAGCUUCACGGGCCACGCCAACGAGAAGAACUUCGUGGGGCUGGCCACGGACGGGCGCUACGUGGCGUGCGGCUCGGAGAACAACGCGCUGUACGUGUACUACGCGGGCCUGUCGCGGCCGCUGCUGGCCUACCGCUUCGACGCCGUGCGGGGCUUCCUGGAGCGCGAGCGCCGCGACGAGGAGCCGGCCGAGUUCGUGUCGGCCGUCUGCUGGCGCCGGGCGCCGGACCGGCCCGCGCUGCUGGCCGCCAACAGCCAGGGCACCAUCAAGGUGCUGGAGCUCGUCUAGCUCUGGCUCUAGCUGCUACGAAUCCCCUCCUUUUGUACCGUCAUUUCAUUAUCAGCGGACGCCACGUCCCGUUACCGACGCAGACUGCCCGCCGUGACGUACGUUGUCCGCGUGGCGCGUGACCACGUCCGAGUAAAAUAUUCUCCAUGCGGAAGCGCACACAUAGAAAUGUUGUUAAGUUGAAGUAUAUUAUUAAAAAAAAAACUUAAUGAAAAUAAUCUUUUAUGAUUUAACUUCGGUACAGAUUAUUCUGUCUAUUAAAAAAAUAACUAAAGUGCCGAGAACGUUAACCCAAACAUUUGACCUUGAAAUUUUAUUCUUAAUAUAUUCGCUUCAAGGACUUUUGUUCUUACCAAUAGAUACGUCGAGUUCGACAUACUGCCAUCCGACAACGAAGAAAUC